AAGGGGCCGCGCUCCGUGGACUGCGCCGGCAUCUCAAGGAGCACUUCUACAGACCCAAGGCUUCCAUGUGAGCGAUUUCGCUCUCUUCUUGGGCGCCACGUCCUCCCAAUCGUCUCUGCUGCCGGAACAUCCGCGCUGUGGGGCCGGGAGCGGCUGAGAUCCUCGUCGGCUGUCCGGAGUGUGAGGCUCGCACGGCCCCGGCUGCUCCGCGCCUCGCUGGAGCCCAAGGGGGGCGCGGGUCCGGGGCAAGGGCCGGCUGGGCGUGUUUGAUGGCUUCACUGAGAAGGGUCAAAGUGUUGCUGGUGUUGAACUUGAUUGCGGUGGCCGGCUUCGUGCUCUUCCUGGCUAAGUGCCGGCCCAUCGCGGUGCGUAGCGGAGACGCCUUCCACGAGAUUCGGCCGCGCGCGGAGCCUGUCAACCUCAGCGCGCACAGCGCCAGCCCCAUCCAGGAUGCAGUCCUGAAGCGCCUCUCGCUGCUCGAGGACAUCGUCUACCGACAGCUGAAUGGCUUAUCCAAAUCCCUUGGGCUCAUUGAAGGUUAUGGUGGGCGGGGCAAAGGGGGCCUUCCUGCUACCCUAUCCCCCACUGAAGAAGAAAAAGCCAAGGGACCCCACGAGAAGUAUGGCUACAAUUCCUACCUCAGUGAAAAAAUCUCACUGGAUCGUUCCAUUCCGGAUUAUCGUCCCACCAAGUGUAAGGAGCUGAAGUAUGCCAAGGAGCUGCCCCAGAUAUCCAUCAUAUUUAUCUUUGUGAAUGAGGCCCUGUCGGUGAUCCUGCGGUCGGUCCACAGUGCUGUCAACCAUACGCCGACACACCUGCUGAAGGAAAUCAUCCUGGUGGAUGACAACAGUGAUGAAGAGGAGCUGAAGGCCCCCUUGGAGGAGUACGUCCACAAACGCUACCCGGGGCUGGUAAAGGUGGUGCGCAACCAGAAAAGAGAGGGCCUGAUCCGAGCGCGCAUCGAGGGCUGGAAGGCGGCCACCGGCCAGGUCACUGGCUUCUUCGAUGCCCACGUGGAAUUCACCGCUGGCUGGGCCGAGCCGGUUCUAUCCCGAAUCCAGGAGAACCGGAAGCGAGUGAUCCUCCCAUCCAUCGAUAACAUCAAACAGGAUACUUUUGAGGUGCAGCGGUACGAGAACUCGGCCCAUGGGUACAGCUGGGAGCUGUGGUGCAUGUACAUCAGCCCUCCGAAAGACUGGUGGGACGCCGGAGACCCUUCUCUCCCCAUCAGGACACCAGCCAUGAUUGGCUGCUCCUUCGUGGUCAACAGGAAGUUCUUUGGUGAAAUUGGUCUUCUGGACCCUGGGAUGGAUGUGUAUGGAGGAGAAAACAUCGAACUUGGAAUCAAGGUGUGGCUCUGCGGGGGCAGCAUGGAGGUCUUGCCUUGUUCCCGGGUGGCCCAUAUUGAACGGAAGAAGAAGCCAUACAACAGCAACAUUGGUUUCUACACCAAGAGGAAUGCUCUCCGGGUGGCUGAGGUCUGGAUGGAUGAUUACAAAUCUCAUGUGUACAUAGCAUGGAACCUGCCUCUGGAGAACCCAGGAAUUGACAUAGGUGAUGUCUCCGAAAGAAGAGCCUUAAGGAAAAGUUUAAAGUGUAAGAAUUUCCAGUGGUACCUGGACCACGUUUACCCUGAAAUGAGAAGAUAUAAUAACACCGUUGCAUAUGGGGAGCUUCGCAACAACAAGGCAAAGGAUGUCUGCUUGGACCAGGGGCCGCUGGAGAACCACACAGCAAUAUUAUACCCAUGCCAUGGCUGGGGACCCCAGCUCGCCCGAUACACCAAGGAAGGCUUUCUGCACUUGGGAGCCCUGGGGACUACCACACUCCUCCCUGACACCCGCUGCUUGGUGGACAACUCUAAGAGUCGGUUACCCCAGCUCCUUGACUGUGACAAGGUCAAGAGCAGCCUGUACAAGCGCUGGAACUUCAUCCAAAAUGGAGCCAUCAUGAAUAAGGGCACGGGGCGCUGCCUGGAGGUGGAGAACCAUGGCCUGGCUGGCAUUGACCUCAUCCUCCGCAGCUGCACAGGACAGAGGUGGACAAUUAAGAACUCCAUCAAGUAGUAGGAGGAGCUGGGGACCCUGGAGCCUGGCCCCUGGGGCAGGGUCUGCCUGUCCUCCAGAUCAGCCACACUGGUGGAGAGACAGCGGAGCCAGCAGGAGCUCGUGGGACUCCUGGGCUUCUCCAGGGCAGUACAGGGGCCCCUGAUGGAGACUUUGUGCCCACAUCAGGCAGUCAGCUGCCAUGAGGCUCAUGUACCCUGGAAAAGUACCCUCUUACUCUUCUCUGAGACCCCAGAAGCCAUUUCUUCUGCAGCCUGGGUGUGGAUCUGGUACCAAGGAGAAAAAC